AGCCUUUAACAUUGUCUUUGAUGUUAAAAUGGUGUGUCCUUCCGACAAUGCUCACUCGUAAAUUGGUGCAACAUUGCUUGAAUCGUUUUUUUUUACUAAAUUGUUUUGUUUUGAGUCUGCCUAAUGACUCCUUUAGUUGUCUGCGUAACGGGGCGGAGGGAGUUUCCGUAUUUGAGCAACCACAGUGAAGCCUCGCAGUGUUUCAUUGUCUCCUGUCUGUGCGGCUUUUCACAUGGACCCCUCCACCUUCCUUUACGAUGUCCCCCCGGCUAUCAUCGAAAUGUUCUGUAGAAUCAUGGACAGCGGAGACGACAGGUUCGGGUGGCGUGUACUAGCUGUCCAAAUUGUCCCCAGCUUGUUAGAAGUCCGCAUGUUGGAGCGAGCGGAGUUGGCGGGUCGGAGCCCCACCAGAGAGCUGCUGUGGUCCUGGGCUCAGGAGAAUUCCCGAGUGCAGGACCUUCUCAACCUGCUCAAAGACAUGGGACAUCUCAGGGCCCUGCAGCUCUUCACGAGUCAAGCUCAAGAGUCGCCUUUGCCCAGCAGCAAUCAACAAGCAGAUUCCAAAGGGCCGAUGUCAGCAUCUAAAGAUAAGGGAUCCUUCCCACGAGAGGCGACUUUCCAAUACAUCAUAGAAGUAACCAAACAUUUCCAUCCUGACUUGAGAAUUGCAGAGGGCCACUUCUCUGAUAUCUACAGAGCACACAUGGGAGAUCAAAUGAUCGCAGUUAAGCUUUUUAAACAGGUAAAAAUGCAGUCCUGGAAAAACCUCUGGGAUGUCUUCAGAAAAGAAAUGGAAACUCAUCUUUUGUACCAACAUCCAAACAUCCUAGAAUUGUUGUGCUGUGUUUCUAAUGAGGACCGCUACUGUGUGCUCUAUCCUUACCUCCCUAAUGGAUCACUCUUCCACAGAUUACACCAUAAGGAUGGAGAGCCCCCUCUGUCCUGGCAAGAGCGUCUCAACAUCAUUAAGGGAACUGCAAAGGCCUUGUAUCACCUCCAUACAGUCCAGCCCUGCCCGGUGAUCUGCGGCAACAUCUCCAGUGCAAACAUACUUUUGGAUGACACCCUGCAGCCCAAGGUGUCUGACUUUGGGUUGGCCCGCCUCCGUCCUAAUUCAUCCAAUCAGCUCUGUACCAUCACUCUGGAUACGAAGUCCCACAGCAACCUGGCAUACCUUUCUGAGGACUACAUCCGAGACGGCAAGCUCUCCUCUAGCUUGGAUGUUUUCAGCUUUGGGAUGGUUAUAAUGGAAACCGUAACAGGAAGGAAGGUAAAAGAGGAAUUACCUAAACAAAAACCACUGAGAGAGCUGCUAGUAACGGAGGUGGAGCACAGCGGUGGUGUGGACUCUUGUCUACAGUUUUUGGAUGUGGCGGCAGGUCGGUGGCCCACUGACAUCGCCCUCGGCCUGCUGAGUCUGGCCCUGGACUGCACGGCGAGUCGACAGCGCAGCAGACCAAGCAUGGAGACUGUUCUUUUGGCAUUGAGCAAGCUACUUCCUCCACCUAGCUGCCCCCCUGCGGACCAACCCCACAGCCUGGAUGAUGGAAACCCCCUUAAAACUGAGAUGAGCCUUUUAUCCUCCAUACCUGUAGAGCACGAUGAGCAGCUCAGCCUCCCUGGUACUCUAACACAGGAAGGGCCCAAUGAAUACAGCCAGUCGGAGGUGACGUAUCUGAGCGACGUGGGGGGGGCUUCUGGUGAGGCGUCGGCUGACCUGUACAGCAGCUGGCCUGUACAGUGCAGCUGCCCUGCUGAGACAGGCGGUCUGCCCUGUGAAGACUGCAGGGCCAAUGGCUUCACCCCCAACUACACUGACAGUCCUCAGAGUAAGUUUUGGUAAAAUCCCACAUUACAGAUGCCGAAUUUGUUACAUUUUUGAUAACCAAACGAACAUAUGAUCAAAUUUGAUUAUCUAUAAUAUUCUCAGAGGGGUAAUUCUGCAAUACCACGUGCUUCCUAAUAGGCUUUCAUUAGAAGUGGUCGACAACUUCCUGGUGGAAAAAGUAAGGCCAAUAGGGAAGUGCUUUAAACCUGCAUUCUUGA